AUGACGGACACAACAGAUGAUAUAGCGGAGGAAAUCUCAUUUCAAAGCUUUGAUGAUGAUUGUAAGCUUCUGGGGAGUUUGUUAAAUGAUGUUUUGCAGAGAGAAGUCGGAGGCAAAUUCAUGGAGAAACUUGAAAGGAAUCGGAUCCUCGCUCAGAGUGCUUGUAAUAUGAGAUUGGCGGGGGUAGAAGAUAUGGCUGAGCUGCUGGAGAAGCAGCUGGCCUCGGAGAUAUCAAGGAUGACAUUAGAGGAAGCCCUGACUCUUGCUCGUGCAUUUAGCCAUUACCUUACUUUGAUGGGGAUUGCAGAGACCCAUCAUAGGGUUCGCAAGGCACGGAGUAUGACACACCUAUCAAAAUCUUGUGAUGACAUUUUUAAUCAGCUGUUGCAAGGUGGAAUCUCUUCGGAGCAGCUUUAUGACACAUUUUGCAAGCAGGAGGUGGAAAUUGUUCUUACUGCACAUCCUACUCAAAUUAAUCGUCGUACCUUGCAAUAUAAGCACAUUAGAAUUGCUCAUCUUUUAGAUUACAAUGACCGAACUGAUCUUACUCAUGAAGAUCGGGAAAAGCUGAUUGAAGAUCUGGUAAGAGAGAUUACUUCAAUAUGGCAGACAGAUGAGCUUAGGCGUCACAAACCUACACCAGUAGAUGAAGCUAGGGCUGGCUUGAACAUUGUGGAGCAGUCCCUGUGGAAAGCUGUCCCUCAUUAUUUACGUCGUGUUAGCAAUGCCCUAAAGAAGCAUACAGGGAAGCCACUUCCAUUAACUUGCACACCAAUAAAGUUUGGGUCUUGGAUGGGAGGUGAUAGAGAUGGAAAUCCAAAUGUAACAUCAAAGGUUACAAGAGAUGUCUCUCUUUUAUCUAGAUGGAUGGCCAUGGACCUUUACAUUCGAGAAGUUGAUAGCCUCAGGUUUGAGCUAUCCAUGAACCAGUGCAACGAUAGGUUGUUAAAAGUGGCAAAUGACAUUCUAAUGGAAGAAACUUCAUCAGAGGAUCGAUAUGACAGUUGGAAUCAACCUGGUAGCAGGAGUCAAAUAAAGCAUCAUGGCCAACAAGCUAGAUCUCUUCCCAGACAACUUCCAGAUAGGGCUGAUCUUCCAGCUUGCACUGAAUGCAAUGAUGGUGGAUCUCAGUAUCCCAAACUUGAACUUCCAGGGACUGAGUACAAGCCCUUGAGUUCUCAGGAUGCUGUGAAUUCUUCAAAUUCUGGAAAUUCUAGUAAUGGUUCACAUAUAUCAUUUCCAAAUGGAAGUAUUGCUAAUUCAAGUGCUUCUGCCACUACUGGGACACCGCGAGGAUCUUUCACCUCUAGUCAACUACUUGCUCAGAGGAAAAUAUUUGCAGAAUCUAUGACAGGAAGAUCCAGCUUCCAGAAGCUUCUAGAGCCAAGUCUGCCUGAACGUCCUGGAAUUGCUCCUUAUAGAAUUGUCCUUGGCAAUGUGAAAGACAAGCUCACAAGAACAAGAAAACGGUUGGAACUUCUUCUAGAGGAUCUUCCCUGUGAAAAUGAUCCACUGGAGUACUAUGAGACAACAGAUCAAUUACUGGAACCACUGCUUCUAUGCUAUGAGUCCCUGCAAUCCUGUGGAGCUGGAGUGUUAGCUGAUGGUCGGCUGGCUGAUCUGAUAAGAAGAGUUGCUACCUUUGGGAUGGUGUUAAUGAAGCUGGACUUGCGGCAGGAAUCUGUUAGACAUGCUGAAACAUUAGAUGCAAUCACCAAAUAUUUGGAUAUGGGCACAUACAGCGAGUGGGAUGAAGAAAAGAAACUGGAAUUUCUGACAAGAGAACUGAAAGGGAAGCGACCAUUGGUUCCUCCUUCUAUUGAGGUUGCUCCUGAUGUUAAAGAAGUCUUGGAUACUUUUCGUGUUGCUGCUGAGCUGGGGAGUGAUUCACUUGGAGCUUAUGUGAUUUCUAUGGCAUCUAAUGCAAGUGACGUCCUUGCUGUGGAGCUUCUGCAAAAGGAUGCCCGGCUUGCUGUUAGGGGGCAGAUAGGGAGACCAUGUCCUGGUGGAACGCUACGAGUAGUUCCAUUGUUUGAAACUGUGAAGGACCUGAGAGGGGCUGGUUCAGUGAUCAGAAAAUUGUUAUCAAUUGAUUGGUACCGGGAGCACGUCGUUAAGAACCAUAAUGGGCAUCAGGAGGUUAUGGUUGGAUAUUCUGAUUCUGGUAAAGAUGCUGGUCGUUUUACUGCUGCAUGGGAACUUUACAAAGCUCAAGAGGAUGUUGUGGCAGCAUGCAAUGAAUAUGGUAUCAAAGUGACUCUUUUCCAUGGACGUGGAGGGAGCAUUGGUCGUGGUGGUGGUCCCACCUAUCUUGCUAUACAAUCCCAACCUCCUGGCUCAGUAAUGGGCACUCUUAGGUCAACUGAACAAGGAGAAAUGGUGCAGGCCAAGUUUGGUCUGCCACAUACAGCUGUUAGACAGCUAGAGAUAUACACAACUGCAGUGCUGCUUUCAACUCUACGUCCUCCACAUCAACCUCGAGAAGAAAAAUGGCGUAAUGUCAUGGAAGAAAUUUCAAAAAUCAGUUGCCAGAGGUACAGGAGCACAGUCUAUGAAAACCCAGAAUUCCUUGCCUAUUUCCAUGAGGCUACUCCCCAAGCUGAGCUUGGCUUCCUUAACAUUGGAAGCCGGCCUACAAGAAGAAAAGCUUCAACUGGUAUUGGGCAUCUUCGUGCCAUUCCAUGGGUAUUUGCAUGGACACAAACUAGAUUUGUUCUUCCUGCUUGGCUUGGAGUUGGAGCAGGUUUAAAGGAUGCUUGUGAGAAGGGAUUCACUGAAGACUUAAAAGCAAUGUACAACGAAUGGCCUUUUUUCCAAUCUACUAUUGACCUUAUAGAAAUGGUUUUAGGAAAGGCAGACAUUCCAAUAGCAAAGCACUAUGAUGAAGUACUUGUAUCUCCAAACAGGCGAGAGAUUGGUGCUGAGCUUAGGAGGGAACUCUUGACAACAGAAAAAUAUGUCUUAGUGGUUAGCGAGCACGAGAAACUUUCCGAGAACAACCGGAGCCUGAGGAGGCUUAUAGAGAGUAGGCUUCCUUAUCUUAAUCCCAUGAACAUGUUGCAGGUGGAGAUUCUAAAGAGGCUGAGAAGCGACGAUGACAAUAAUAAGCUGAGAGAUGCCCUGCAGAUAACUAUUAAUGGGAUUGCCGCUGGGAUGAGGAACACAGGUUGAGCAAACUCUUUCAGGCUCACAUAUGAAAGCUAUCAGCUAUGCCCUUUCCUUUGUUGUUAUUACAUUUUCUAUUCUCCUUUGGUGGCUAUCAAUAUAUUUUGAUGGCUAAUUUCAUGAGUAUAUGAUAAUUUAGAAUCAGAUAUUCGUAAAACA